AUGGGAUCAAUCUCCGCAUAUUCCCCAGAUUUUCGUCCGUUCUUCCCCGCGAGCAAUUUUGGGAUUGGGCGGGCCAAGGUUGCGCCAAGCAGUUGGGCGGCAUGCUCUUGUCCAUGCGCCAGCAAAUGUGCCAGCCACGCGACAUGGGGUCCGCUCAACAUUACUAGCAGUUCCGACCCUAUCGUGAGACGUUGGGAUGACGGUGAUGGUGGUCCUGCGGCACGAGGGCAAGCAAGGUCUGGCGCCAUCGAUGAUUUGCCAAACCGGAGAAUAUUGGGUUGUACAAACCCCGCGGAGAAUGACUCGUGCCUCUCUGCUCGUGCGCUGAAAACUUUACCAUGGAUAUAUCUGUUGUCGAUGGAUGAAGGAAAAGCAGAAGCUUGCCCAAUUCGCGUCGCAUCGCCAAUUCCACCGAAGAAAGAGAAGCAAGGAGUCCGGGGCAGAUCGGAAAGGCAGAACAAAGAAACAGGGCAGAUCACUAGUAGAACAGGUGACGUUUACCUUUCCAGGUAUUACUGGAUUGAUACCAUCACCCCUGCUCUUGAUUCAAUGCUCUCUCUCUUUCCAUGCAGGUCAACGAACUCCCAACAUUAA